AUGAGCAAGCCAGUAGGAUUUUCCGGCUUAAAGAGCUUCGAUCAGUUCAAAUCUUCGUUAGGAUCGUCUAGUUCGGCAACUGCAAAAAGUUUCCAGAUCUCUGCACGACAACCUUCCUAUUCGAAUCCAUCAGGAAGUUUUGCUAAUUUGAAGCUCACUGCAGAGAAAUUGGUCAAAGAGCAAGCAUCCGCGAAAACAGAUCUUGACUUGGCGAAUUCUAAGCUGAAGAAAUUAUCAGAGCAUAUUCAUGCUUUGGAAGAAAAGUUACAAAAUGCUUAUAAUGAAAAUGCAAAGCUUAAAGUGAAGCAUCAAGAAGAUGAGAAACUUUGGAAAGGACUAGAGUCGAAAUUCUUUUCUACAAAGACCUUAUGUGAUCAACUUACUGAAACCUUACAGCUUUUAUCCGAUCAGGUUCAGGAUGGUGAGAAAGAUAAAGUCUCUUUUGCCAAUAAGCUGUCUGAAACUUCGUUAGCACUUGACAAUCUGCAUGGACAAAUGAAGUCUCUGUCUCUGAACCUGGAAUCAUCAGAAGAAACUAUUAGGAACUGUGAAAAGGAGUUGGAGGAACUUGUUGUUAGCAAGGAAAAUGUAGAGAAACAACUUAAAGAUGAACACUGCAAAGUUCUCAGUCUCACAGAUGAAAAGGAUAGUCUAAUCAAGAACUUUGAAGAGACUGUAGCAGCUAAUGAAUCAACCAUAGAAAGUUUGACUUCUAAAUUGAGCGAGUUGCAACUUGAGCUAACAUCAAAGGAAGAUAGGCUUACUGACAUGCAGAACCUUAAUGAAAGAAAAGAGAAAGAGAAUACUGAUCUUAUAGCCUGUAACAAGAAGCUUGCUGAGCAUUUAGACAAAGCAAUGCAGGAGAACCAGAGCCUAGAGAAUUUUGUAAAGGUGUUGACUUUUCAACUGGCAGAUUUGGAUAUACAGAGUGCAGCCUUUUGUGAGAAGGUUGUUAAAGCCAAUGCUUUUGUUGAUUCUUGCUUUGAGCUGUUACAAGAGGAAAAAAGGCUUGCAACACAAAAGGCACAACAACGUUAUGAUUGGCUUCAUGGUCAACUUUUAAAUACCACAUCAGAAAAAGAUGCAUGGCAGAUGGUCAAUCAGGAGUUGAAUAAUAAGAUCACUGAGCUCCAGAAUGAUCAACAAUCCACUAUAGCCCAGCAUGCAGAAGAAUGCCGCAUAGCAGAAGAAAAGGUUCUGAAGUUAGAGUCUGAAGCAGAAAUUCUUGUUUCAAAGAAGGCUGAAAUGGAAAACCUGAUCAUUACAUUGGAGGACAAAAUUCGUUCUUUAUCUGAAGCUUCUAGAUUAUCAGAGAUGCAAAUGCAAGAUUUUCAGUUGAAGCAUUCGGAAUCCGAAACUGAGAAUAAAGAGAUUAUCAAAAACCUUCAAUCAGAGAUACAAAGAAAGGAAGAGGAAAUAGAUAAUCUGCAAAAGGAGGUGGUGAAUCAUGAACAGAAUGAAGACUCACAGGAGAAACAACUUAAUCAGCUUCAAAGCUUGCUACAGGAGAAGGAACAGGUUGUUUUGGAAGGAAAGGAAAAAGAGAAACAGAUUGAAGAUCAAUUAACAGAGGCUCAAAAGUCGCUGGUUGAAGCUGAGGGUAAACUGGCAGAAGCUAAGAAAGAAUACAACCAGAUGUUAGAAAGUAAACAGUUGGAACUUUCAAGGCAUUUGAAGGAAAUUUCUCAAAGAAAUGAUCAGGCUAUUAAUGUUAUUCGAAAGAAGUAUGAAACAGAGAAGCAGGAAUGCAUCAAUCUUGAGAAAGAAAAGGCUGAAAAAGCAGUUAUAGAUAUGGAAAAGAAAAGUGAACAGAAGCUUUCAGAUUGCAAAGAGGAAGCAAAGCAGCAAUUGUUGAAGAUAGAGAGAGAACACACUGCUUUGAUUAAUAAAAUUCGGAGGGAGAAUGAUAAGAAGGAAGAAAGUCUAAAAUCUAAUCACUCUGAAGAGUUAAAAAGGAUGCAACUCCAGGCUGAGAAUGAACUCAAAGAGAAAACAAAGUUGCUCAAGAAUCAACAUGAAGCUGAGUUAAAGGAACUGAGGUCUCAACAUGAAGAAGACUGUAAGCAUCUUGAAGAGGAGCUGAAUAUCCAGAAGACCAAGGAGGAGAGGCAGAAGGCUUUGUUGCAGAUGCAAUGGAAAGUAAUGAGUGAUGAGCCCCAACAAGACCAAGAAGCCACCUCAAGAAAGGAUUUGCCUUAUGCGAACAUAGCAGAAACACCAGUCCCAAAGAUGUUGAAGAAACCAGACAAAAGUGUAAUUAGUAUUCCCAAGCAUAGUAAAAAGGUAACUCACCAUGAGUAUGAAGUUGAAACAUCCCAUGGUACAAUCACAAAGCGCCGAAAGACAAAAAGUACAAUCAUGAUUCAGGAUCCAAGAAAGAGCAAGAGGCAAACACCAAAAGUCAACACCCCUAGAAAUGCUAUCAUGAAAAUGAAGGGAGGGAGUCAGCCAAAUCCUGCCAAUAUAGGCGAUCUGUUCUCAGAAGGAUCACUGAAUCCAUAUGCAGACGACCCUUAUGCAUUUGACUAG